AUGAAAAUCCUCGAGGCCCAGAAUGCCGUCUUGACCAAUUAUGAGGUCUAUAGGCACCUUACCGAGCAAAGAGAGAGAUAUGCCCAGGAGAAACGCCGCGGGCCUCCUAACUUAGAGACUGUAGUACGAGAGAUCCUUCAGUACUUUCGCUCACCACCCAACCCGCUGAGCCAGAACCCCAUCACCUAUACGCCGGAAUGCAUAGCCCAACUCCUCGAGAGCCUCCGACCCUACAGCUUCUCCAAGGCUGAGGUCAUUAUGCUCUUCAACCUGCGACCGCAGUCCGUCGCAAACUUAAACACUAGCAUUGAAGAUCUCGAGGAUCGUUUCACCAUGGAGCAACAAGAGGCCAUAAUCGACAUUAUCGUCAGUGUCCUGGGCAAGUUCGAGUCGAGUGAAGAUCAGCCCGCCGAGGGAGAUGUCUCCAUGACCAACGGCGAGUCUUGA